UACUUUGUAGUAUGCUUCUUAUGUGAACAUGGUUAAUGUUUUUCAUUAUCUGUUUAGCUUUCUAUGUACUCUUACUCCUUUGGGUCAAGUUAAAUUUUUAUUUCUGAAAUUUUCGUCUUUUGAAGGUUGAAAGUAGCCCUGGAGGUGUUAAUGGCAUGGCAAGUACAUUGAUGCAAAAAUUCUGGGAUUCCGCCCUUUCUUUGCAGCCACCAGAUGAUUAUGACACACAGAGUGAAAUAUCGGCAGUGAUGACAUCUGAGGGGGCAGAUGCCGGGAAGCUAUCAUCCUAUCCUUCCCUAGGCCUUGGAAACUCAUUUUGUUUCAAAUUUGAGGAUCCCAAGGGUCGUGUCCAUCGAUUCAGUUUUGGUACGCAUACACUUGGUAACGAAUUUGAGCUGAAUAUUUAAAGAUACAUAUCAUUUUAUACCCACAAGCAUCAAUGCACUGAUUUCCUAAUGCACACCCAGAUUUUAUUAUUAAAAGAGAUAAUCUACAGCGAAAUAUGAUGUUGAGCAUGCUUGCAGACU